GCAGUAUGUUUAUCGCGUGCUGAGACUUUAUUUGUUUUUAUGACUUUAAAUUACCUGUUUGCAAUGGCGUCUGUGAUUUAUGGCAAUAAGGCCAAGACCUUCUCUCAAACGACACAUUUGUUUUGAGCUACUGGAUUACAAAUGACUUGAGUGAUGCUUUUAAAAACGUAAAUAGAAUUAAACAUUAGUUAGACAACAUUCUCUAUCAUGUUUUUAUUUUAAAAGAAACAGCUGAAUAUAUGUCUGUUUUAUUUGAAUUAUAUAACAUUAACGAGUAAGCAGUCCUGCAGAAACGGGAACUCUAAAGCGACUCAAAUGCAGUUUGAGUCCCAUUGACUAAACAUACAUUAUAAUAAAUCCCAUUAGAUAUACUUGUUUAAUCGCAAUUUGGAGAAAUAAAACCGUGUAAAAACAUAGACUAUUAACAUUUGAAUGUCAUGACCUUAUAAGCUUUGUAGUAUUGUUGAUACGCAGUAAACAUUACAAUUACCUUUCACAUAAUUACAGUAAAUAUAGGCAAUAUUUCUAACUAGUGGAAAAUCACUAAGCAGAAUUCACUUAUUGACUUUUUUGUAUUUGCCCUGGCAUGGAUCUUAAUCUUUACACCUGACAUCAUGAGCCGGUUGUCACUGCAGUCGACUGUCAUUGAAAUGACAAGAUGAGCAUCAGAUUUGUUCAAAAACAUCACCGUCAGGCCAAGCGUGACUAACUCCCUUUAGGUCUGCUCUAUGUGUCUUCCAACGUAAAAUAACAUUUAAUCAGUGAGCAUUUCACUUCCGCUUCGCAUCACAACAAGCCAAGGACCAACACGCAAAAAAAAGAUAAUCCUUCGUCGUUGUUCCCACAGCCGAGGAUCACAGCGUGGACGCGACAGGCUGUGAUCCUAAAAAUACAAAACUCUGUCCAUUAAUCUCACAAAUUAUAAUCUGACAUUUACUCAUCAAAUAAUUAAAUUCGAUAACAUUGCUCAUAAUAUUGGACGUCAAUUCUUAUUUAGUCUUGCAGAAGAUAUUUAAAAAUGCUACAUUUAAAAAUGGACUCUUAUGUUGUUUUAAUUCAAAAUAAAGGAGAAAAAACGUCCUUUGUCCUCAGUUUAGGUUUCGAUGCAAAUCAAAGCUUCAAAGCAGUCUUGUUUGUGACAUUGCAAAGCUCCACCAAAAAUGUAAAUUAAGUUGAGAAAGAGUUGUUUGUUGAGAUCCUUUGAGCUUUGGAGGUUUUCUUAAGAGAAUGAUGCUGCUAAACCCUCGGGCUUAUUGCGGUUUGAGACAAGCACUCAACCACCACUGUGAAACACCGACAUCACAAUGUCAUGGGGUUUGUUUGAAGGACUAUUAUUCUAUUUAUGAAUACAAUCAGAGAGAGGUAUUCCUUAAUAUCUAGCUGACUUGCAACUGUAAGUCAUUUAGAGUCAUUUAGCACAUUGAUCUAUUUUAAAUAGGCAUUGAUCAAAGUAAUGCGAACAAGCCAGCUGCAUUAAAUAUAGUAUUAUUAUUUAUAACAUCCCUUAUGGAAAAAUUAGAUUAUUACAUUAUUUUUUAUAUACAUAAUUUAAGGUAAACAAUUCGUAUUGUUGGCGUGAUUAAUUAAAAACGCUAAUGUCAACAAGCAAACAGUUAUUUAUAUUGCUACAUCCUGACUUUAACAUCUGUGAUAAAAUAAAUAGGCCUCAUAAACCUACUUAAAGACAUUUUUACUAUUUAAAGUAGGCCUAAACAGAAGGCUAAAUGCAGCAUGUUUUUAAAUAAUUGUUAAGAACACCAUCAUAAUUAUUGAACCGAGCACUGUGAUUGGCCGAGAGGCAUUCCACUCAGCAUCAAAAUUACCACCACCAGGACCUCAGUAACCUAGCAACCUGUCACUGAAACAUAAUUUACCCGAGUUAUCUUAGUUCUGAAACGGAUUGUCUCAAACCAUUUUUUUAUAUUUACUCAGCAGAAGUUAAAAAUGAAAAUGUUAUUAAUAGUUAAACAUACUUAUAUUAAGAAGUAUAGGCCUAAUUGUAAGACUAUUUGUAAAGCACCAUAGCAGUCGGCCUACACAACUUUUAUAAUCCUUAAAGACAGCCAACAGGUGUCAAAACGUUGGCUCUUUCUUCAAGUAGGCUGGAGGAGAUACAAAUAAACACAGUAAAACAAACUAGUAGGCCUAGGUGGUGAGAGACUUAACUCACUGUAAGCCAUGGAAAGUGUGCUCUACUAAAGUCAUAGGGUCUAAAUGUCACUGUACAGACGGACACAAUUCUGAUUGGACCUCUGUCCCGCCAAUCAGCAAUAUUUUAAUUUUCCCUUUUUACUGACGUCAUCGCAGGGUGACGCCCCAUCGGAGCGGCCGUGUAGAUAUAGUAGGCUACAGUGCUCAUGUGUGCACCAACAAGACUGAACAUCGCUUUUUUCGUCCAUAAGAGGGAGUCAAGUUUCUUAUAUGCACCCGUUUUCGCCCACUUCCACAACAGAACUACAGAACACAUUGAACGGACAGGGGGAGGAAAUAUUGCUUGACAACGAUAAUUUUCUCCCAUAGUGGCUGUUGGAAACUCAUAUCUGUGUUUGGAUAGUCAGUCGGUCGGUCAGUUCGUCACUUUAGCCCACACCUGCAACUUCGCCUCUUCAGCUCAACAACAAGGUGGUUCAUGAUCACCAGGAAGCUCUUGAUUUCUUCAUACCUGGAUUAACUCGCAGGCGACAAGAUAUUUUCUCUUUUGCUCUUUUUCUUUUGUAACGGAGAGCUUUUUUCUCUGUCAAAAUGCUGUGGAAAUUAGCCGACAACGUGAAGUAUGAGGACGACUGUGAGGAAAGGCACGACGGAAACAGCAAUGGGAACCCCCGGCUGCCUCACCUGCCAGCGGUCAGCCAGCACCUCUACAGCCCGUCUCCCUCCCUCUCACACUCAGCCAGUUCGGACUUCCAGCCGCCGUACUUCCCGCCUCCCUACCAGCCCAUCUCCUACCCGCAGUCCAGUGACCCCUACUCGCACCUCGGCGACCCUUUCAACAUCAACUCGCUGCACCAGUCUCCGUCUUCGAACCAGCAGCAGUGGCCCGGGCGGCAGGGCCAGGAUGGGCUCGGUGGGCACGGGAGGAGCGGCCUGGCGAGUCAGAUCCUGGGCCUGGAUGGUUCCUCCGGGGUGAGGAGGGAAGGCUUCCGCCGGCCGGAGCUGCUGCCCCCGCACGUGCACAGCAUAGAGUCGUCGGGUAUUGGUGACAUGGGAAUGCACGACAUGGGCCACGGGAUGGAUGACGUUCAACAUGAUGACCACAGUAUUAUUAUGGCUGACCAGACAGUCAUCAAAAAAGUAUUAGGACUACGAGGUGGCAGGAACCUUGAUCGCUUACAGAGGACUUAUUAUCAGGGGGGAAUUCUUGCGGGGCCUGUCAGCCUACCCAAAGGCAACGCGUUGUGUCUUCCUUUCCACAAAGAGUCUCUGCUGGGCAUGGUAUCAAACCCCACAGAGGUGUUCUGCUCCGUACCGGGCCGUCUCUCCUUGCUGAGCUCCACAUCCAAGUACAAGGUUACCGUGGCUGAGGUCCAGAGACGUCUGUCACCCCCUGAGUGCCUGAAUGCAUCGCUCCUGGGAGGGGUUUUACGCAGAGCCAAGUCAAAAAAUGGAGGUCGCUCUCUGAGAGAAAAGCUGGAUAAGAUUGGGCUCAACCUGCCUGCAGGAAGAAGGAAAGCAGCCAAUGUCACUCUACUCACCUCACUAGUAGAAGGUGAAGCAGUUCAUUUAGCAAGAGACUUUGGCUACGUGUGUGAGACAGAGUUCCCUGCAAAGGCAAUUGCUGAAUACCUGGGCAGGCCGCACGUGGAACGCAACGAGGUUAACUCUCGCAAGAACAUGCUGCUCGCUGCCAAGAAUAUCUGUAAGGAGUUCACUGACCUGCUAACUCAGGACCGAUCGCCUCUGGGAAAUUCCCUCCGGCCCGCCCCCAUCAUGGAGCCUGGAAUCCAAGGCGCCUGACCCCACUUCAGCCUCAUCACUCACGCUUUGGAAUCUCCCGCCAUCUGCGCCGCCAUGACAUCGCUUCAGAACUACCUGAACGAGCGCUCAGAACAAGUGGACAGAUGUACCUGAACUCUGUCAGCGACAGCGACAACCCAGGGAUCCUCAGACAGUGUGAGAGCAAAUUCUGCCGACAAAAUGGACAAGCACAGGAAAUGA